AUGAGUAAUAAAUCGCAGAUACUUUUUAAUAUUUUCCAAGAAAUUUUGGCCGCAUCUGGUAAUUCUUCUGACAGUCAAAGUAUUAAUGAAACGAAGAUCAUCUCGGUUCUUCGAGAACAAGCGUCUCAUGGAAAGGGUAAUAACUUAGGAUCAGUUUUAGUGAAGGUGGUAAACGACGCGCAGACCAAACUCAAUCUUACUAUUAAACCAGAUUCAUGUGGAUACUGUGAUGGCGAUUUCAGAGAUAUCAUCGAAGCUUACAACGGUAUUCACGGAUAUGUCAGCUUAUUGGUUUGCACCAUUGGCGUUAUAGCAAACUCUAUAAAUGUAGCCGUCCUCACAAGGAAAGACAUGGCCGCUGCCCCUAUUAACAGACUUCUUAAAUGGCUAGCCGUUGCAGAUGUAUUUGUAAUGCUUGAAUAUGUCCCAUUUGCAAUUUACAAGUAUUUGGUCCUGCCAGAAACAUUAGACUUUCCAUACUCUUGGGCGGUGUAUUUAUUAUUCCAUAUGCACUUCGCUCAAAUAUUACAUACGGCGUCGAUUUGUCUUACGCUUUCACUAGCCAUAUGGAGAUACAUAGCUAUAAAAUAUUCAGACAGGAGUCAUAUUUUGUGCACAGAACGUAGAUGUAGUAUUGCCAUCCUGACGAGCUUUCUUCUUCCACCAAUACUUUGUAUACCCACUUUUAUGGUAUUUGAUAUUCAUACAAAGAACGUCAGUGACGUACACGGCAACCCUGACAUCGCAUACCACGUCGAUUCAGACAGCCAAGGCAGACUGUAUCAGAUUAAUUUUUGGGUUCAUUCCGUCCUUAUUAAGCUGUUGCCAUGCUCGAUUUUAACGGUUAUAAGCUUAUGGUUAAUAAAAGCAUUGUACAGCGCAAAUCAACAUCAAAAGAAUUUGAGAAACUACAGUGCUUGUCCUUCAGGAGAGAAGAUGGCUAAGAGGCAACAUAAAGCAGAUAAAAGAACAGAUAGAACGACAAAGAUGUUAUUAGCCGUGCUGCUAUUAUUCCUUGUGACGGAACUUCCGCAGGGGAUUCUCGGAUUAAUGAGCGGUUUGCUGGGACUAUGUUUUUUUAAAAGAUGUUACAAUUUGUUUGGUGAAAUCAUGGACUUUUUGGCACUUGUAAAUGGAGCUAUAAACUUCAUCCUGUACUGUUCAAUGUCACGUCAAUUUCGUCAAACAUUUCGUCAGUUGCUGGUGCAGAGACCCCUUGCUCGCUUCUUACCGACUGCCUCGCACUCGGAAUCUCACAAUCAAACCACGUGUAAGGAAAAGAUAAAACGGUAA